UGGAUGAUGAUUGAUGAUCAGUGAACUGAUAAGAAUUCACUGGAGUUGUUUUGUUUGCGCAACUCAUACAAAGUGCACUAAUCUAUCAUUUUUACAGCUGAUUAUAGUUUAACUAUUGCAUAAUUUAAUACAUUUUACACCACAAUGCUGCCAACUCUUCGUCGCACAGUAAAGCCGCUGUUGGCAAGGGCAUAUACGACGAACUUUGCCCAACCCACCGGAGUACGGAUUGUGGAAGUCGGUCCCCGAGAUGGUCUCCAGAAUGAGCCCACCAUUCUGCCGGCCGCUACUAAAAUUGAACUGAUCAACGCCCUCUCGGAGACGGGUCUCCGCUCGAUCGAGGUCACCAGUUUCGUUAGUGCCAAAUGGGUGCCCCAGAUGGGCGACAAUGCGGAAGUGCUCAAGGGAAUCAACAAACUGCCGGGUAUUAGCUAUCCGGUGCUAACGCCGAACUUGAAGGGAUUCGAAGCUGCGCUGGCAGCCGGAGCCGAAGAAGUGGCCGUAUUCGGGGCUGCUUCCGAAAGUUUCACCAAGAAGAAUGUCAACUGCUCGAUCGCAGAAAGUUUGGCUCGCUUCCAGGACGUGAUGGACGCCGCCAAAAAGGCUCAAGUUAAGGUGCGGGGGUACGUGUCCACAGUCGUUGGUUGUCCGUACGAGGGCAAAAUCAAACCAUCGGCCGUGGUGAACGUCGUGGACAAGCUGUUGGAGAUGGGCUGCUACGAGAUCUCGCUCGGUGACACAAUCGGAGUGGGAACACCGGGUUCGUUCUCGGAAAUGCUUCGGGAAGUGACCAAGAUUGCUCCGGUAAGCAUGCUGGCCGUCCACUGCCACGAUACGUACGGACAAGCCCUGCCAAACAUUUUGACAUCGUUGGACUUUGGAGUCGCCGUUGUGGACGCAUCGGUGUCCGGGCUCGGCGGAUGUCCAUAUGCCAGGGGUGCCUCGGGAAAUGCUGCCACUGAGGAUGUGGUGUACAUGUUGCAUGGACUGGGCAUUGAGACCGGAAUCGAUUUGCCCAAGCUGGUCAAUGUUGGAAAGUUUAUUUGCGAAAAAUUGGGACGGCAAUCCGAGUCGAAGGUGAACCGAGCCAUGAGGAAAACCAAUCCAAACGCAUCGUGUUAGAAACGGACUGAUGUGGCGGUCGUAUGAAAUAUACCAACUACGGGUGUCGGAAUUCGUGCAUUUAUUUUAAUUAGGAAGCAACGUGUGCCAGAUCUAUUUUUGACGAUUAUUUUUUUAAUAAAAAAAAUAUCCAAAAAUUC